GGUUCGCGUAUAUGUAAACUAUAUGGUGCCAUGGGUUGAAUGUUUCUUUAUCAAUAACAAUUACGCGAUGCGCAACAAUUAAGUCGUUUUUGUUGCCUGGUUUUAGUUUGUGUUUGUAUUUUAAAGCUGAAAGGGAGAUUCUGCUAUUUUGUGUGUAUCGUGUUUAGAACCGUUGCUUUUGGAUUUAUAUUUUAAUAACAAUGAAGUACCACACGUUGGGUUCCAGCAAUAUAGCUGCUGAAACAAAACCUUCUGGGUUCACUUUGUAUGCUGAUUUGGGCCUCUCGGAUCAUGAUAAGAUGACUUUCACCAAAACCGACAUGAAGAAACUCAGAGAGCAACUAGAAAUUGUCCAAAAAGACCUCAAACACCAAACCAAACGUUGUCGUUAUCUAGUGGCCGAAUACACAAGAAAACUACAAGAAAAAGAAAAAUUGUAUCAAAACGAAAAAUCUCUUCGUGACACCCAAUUAGCCAAGGUGCUUAAAGCCUUGCUAAUUUUCGAAGCUCGUUUAAGGCAAGAGCAAAAACUAAUAAGCCAUCAGCUAAACGAAAAAGAUUAUAUAAUUAACACCCAAACUAACGAUAUUAAGAAACUUUUAGCCAACCAAUAUUGUAAAAAUUGUAAUCAAUAUUACCCCUCACCUCCAGUAGUUUUAGAAAGCUUCGAUAGUAGCUCAGAAUAUGUACCUACUGAACACGACUAUCAAUCAUCAAAUUUGGAAUCUCUGGAUAGCAGCAGCGAAACCUAUGCAGCUUCAGAACCGAGAUCAGAAAGCGAUAGUUACGAGAAGAAAAACAUCUUCCAGAAAAACAAGCAUCAAGGUCGCAGAAAGGUUGGACAUCGCAAAAGUACUGGAACCUAUUUUGAAGUAUUGAAGCUACGAAACGACAGUCCUUUAUCCAACGAUGACAAUACUAGCGCUGAUUAUGAUAAUUUAGACUCCCUACCACCAGAAAGCAUUAGCGAUAAAAUAAGCACUGUCUCGGAAAAUAUUGAAAAUAUGCUCAACAAUACUAGAAGCAUUGCAAGCACACCAUCUGAGUCUAGUAGCGUGAAUAUUUCAUCUUCUGAAUGCGAUAAGACUGUUAUUAUUAAUACUGUAAUUGCAGCAGAAGAAAACCCAAUAGAAACCAAUAAAUUAACAGAAACUAUUCCAGUGUUCGAAAGUGGUGGUGAUACAAAUGACAAUUGGUAUGCAAGUGCUAGCGACCAAGAAGAUGAAGACCGCAGGGAUGUUUACAGAAACAAUCCUGUGCUUGAAUGCAUGAAUCAAAUUCUACUACAAAAUAUCAACGAUAUCAAUUCACCUCCUAAAACACCAAAUAUCGAGAGGAAAAACAAAAACAAUAAACGUGUUAAGUUUAGUGACGAAGAAGAAACCAAUCCGAAAGACGAAGUCCACGAUUAUUACGAAACUCCCAUUCAAAAAACACCAAACUUUUAUGAAACACCUCAGAGCAUUUACAGUAAUGAUUACGAGCAAAUUUUGAGCAAGUGCAGUGAAACUUCUUCGGAAUCUCCUACUAGUAAACCAGAGGUAUCACCAAGAGAAUCGAAAAAUAGUCAUCAUUACAUUGAAAUGGAAAAUCAAGACCAAGACAAAACAAGAAAAAAUAAAAUUUCAAGAACUCCACCAGCCUUACCACCAAAACCACCCAAUUUAGUUGCUAAAUGUAAAAUCCAAACACUACCCAAAAAGGCACCCAGCGAGAACGGUAGCUCAAUUGAUUUAGAGCCUGACUAUUGCUCUAUAUCAGAGCUUAAUUUACCUCAUAUGAAUAAAAUUAGUGUUGUGGCUGAAGUGCAUCCUGAGAAACCAUCAAAGAAAAUUAACACUGAACCUCUAAAAGACGAAGUACCAAAUUUGGUAGUCAAAAAAUGUGUUGAAAAACUAAAUAUUCAAUUAGCCAAGCAGACUUCUGUUAAACCAGAAAGGAUUCAAUCUCCUAAGAAGAAGCAAAGCGAUAUACAAAUACCAAAAUUGCCUCAAGUGUCUGAAAUUUUAAUCCCAGACGAUCCAGAUGAAAACGAUGACGAAGAAGAAAUAAUAUCACAAGAUAAUUACAUAAAAAAUAGCACGCAAAUUACACAACAAAACAGUCGAAAGCAACCAAUACAAAUAGGCACAUCGGUUUCAAGUUUAAUUAGUGGCUUCAAUAACCAUCAAAUAAUAAACGAAAUCAAAAAGAAACACGAAAGAAUUAAACCUGAAACUAAACGAAUGUUUUCUAGUUUUGAAAAUUUACAAAACUUGGAUAAACAUUUUACAAUGCCAAAAUUAGAAACAACAAGUUUUGAAAAUUUUGAUUUGAGUCAAAAUUUUGAAGAAUUCAAACUGGACGAUUGUGAAAUUGAAGAGUACGACGUCGAAGAGGAAUUGGAAAGGGAAGAGAAGGCUAAUGAGGAACAAGAGGACACAAGGGUUGAAUAUGAAUACAUCCGGGCAACCAGUCUAAAUCAAGCCUCAGUAGACCUUUUAAAGAAACAAUUAGAAUUACAACGUAAUCAAACCAAAGACCCAAAUAAUGAGCAAACUAAAAUUGCGAAUCAGCCCACUUACGAGCACUUUCUCGAAUGCACUGGCUUGAGCUCAAAAUCUAUUUUGACACCUGCAAGAACGUUGACCAAUCACAAACACAUGCUGAAACCUAAAGAUGUUAAAUUGAGGUCUAAAGUUAGGGCUAGUGCUAAUAUUUUUGAAAGGCACAGUACGGGAGGGAAAAUCAAGUAUUGGUCAGAACCAUUUGUUUAAAGAACUAUAAUUAUUUCGGAAUUUUUGAAAAAAAUUAUGGUGCGUUUAUGGAAAUGUUUAAAACACAUAUAUUUUUCCUUUGUUUAAAUUAUGCAUAUAUUCAUAUGAGGAUAGACGAUGUUUACAUGCCAUUGUUAUGGUCAAUGAAAUGUUUCUUUUGUUCGUUUUGCUUAAAUGAGUGCCACAUAAUGUAUUUAUGUAGAAUUCUUUAUAAAUAUUCUUUAUUUAUGUCAUUUAACUAUGUGUUGUUUUUUUUUUGUUAAAUUAUUUAAGUGUGAGUAUGUUUGUUUCAAGUAAAUCGAUUAUAUUUAUUAUUAAAGUGAUUA